GCCGUCCCCUUUUCUCUGAGUCUUUAUCUCUUCCAACCAUCUCUCGGCUGAACCCUUUGGUACCAGGAGCGGCUCCGCGCACAUCUCCGCUCUGUCUAUCCAUCUAUCUGUCUGUCUGUCUGUCUGUCUGUCUUUCCGCAUCCCUCCUCUGCUCCUCCGCCGCUCCGGGAGGAGUGGGAGGAGGAACCGCACUUUCAUUUUGUGCGUGAGCUCACCUCGUGCUGCAGCCUUUCCCCAAAUCCGCGGCGAGAUUUUCAUUCCUUAGGAGAUGCAGGAGGAGUUGGGAACCUCGGGUGUGGAUGAGGGAUUCGUUUCUUCCCCUCUCCGGCUCCUGAGGGACCGGCUGAGAAACUACUGAGCCCAACAUUUGUCUCUUAACGGUGUCUCCUCCUCUCAUCUGCCGGAGCGGUGAACUGACCGAGCUGUGCGACGCACCAUAAAAAAUAAACAAAAAGAAGAAAGAAGAGGAGAAAAAAAAAGACAGAAAGGAGAAAAAAAAAAAAAAGAAGGGGAAGAGAAAAGGAAAGGAAAAGAUAAAAAGAAAGGAGAAAAGGAAGAUACAGAGAGAGAAGGAAGGAACCGAGCAUUGUGCCCCGACCCGCGCCGGGUACCGGCCGGCCCUGGCGGAACAAAGCGGCCCCAGCGCCGGCUCCGCGCCCCGGCUCUGCGGAGAGGCCGAGGGGCGGGGAGGGGAGCAGCCCCGCUGAUGGCACCUCCGCAUCCCUUUUGUUAUUGAUCCUGGCAAGAGGAGGACGAAGAACGCGAUUAUUUUUUCUUUUUCCCCCUAAACGAGGCUCGUCUCCUCUGCUCUCUCUCCGCUGCCCCGAAUUAACGGGCGGAGGAGGCUUCGGAUGGGGGAACGGCUCUUUUCUCCCCCGAUGCAUCGAGCAUCUGAACUGUAAAGGCACCGCCGAGGGGGCGAGGGGACCCGAGGGGAGCGGCGGUGCGAGCGGCGGCGCCGAGGCUCCUCCGCCCCCUCCACGAUGAUGCUCAGCCCGGACCAAGCGGCCGACUCAGACCACCCCUCCUCGGCGCCCUCCGACCCGGAGUCCCUGGGCGGCGCGGACGGCCGGGCGCUCAGCUGCUGCGUCUCCGACCCGGAGCCUGCGGAGGGCGGCGGCGGGGGGGGAGGCGGGGAGAGCCGCGGCGGGGGGCGGCCGGGGCUGCACCCACCGCCUCUAAGCCGAGAGGAGAAGAGGCGGCGGCGGAGAGCCACGGCCAAGUACCGCUCGGCCCACGCCACCAGGGAGCGCAUCCGAGUGGAAGCCUUCAACAUGGCCUUCGCUGAGCUGCGCAAGCUGCUGCCCACGCUCCCCCCCGACAAGAAGCUCUCCAAGAUCGAAAUCCUGCGCCUCGCCAUCUGCUACAUCUCCUAUCUCAACCACGUCCUGGACGUGUAGCGCCCGCCCGCCCCGACGGCCACACGGAGGCCGGAACGGGACGCGCCGCCGCCGUCCAGCCCGGCCCCGAGAGCCCACGGGCGGCCACGGGGCAGAGCGGGGCCCGGCGACGGGCGCGGAGGGUUUUUCUUCGCUGCCGCCUCGCUCGCGGGUGCGGGGUGAGCGCUGCUUUAAGCGGAGAAGUGUAAAAUGGGAUCGUUCCUUCAGGCUGUCAAGUGCCCCUUUAUAUAUAUCCAAAAAACAUCUUCUUGUGACCUUAAACGUGUGACCCAUGGGUGCGGUUAAAAAUAACUAUUUUUUAUUUAUGGUAGAAGGAGUCGACAAUUUAUUUUUUUCAAGACUUAUUUAUUUUUCAGAGUGGUGGCAAUUUUACUUUGGAUACUUUGUGCCAAUUGUUUUCUAUAGUCGGGUGUUUACACUUUUCUCCUGUGGAAUAUUACGUUUAUAAGUGUACGUCGGGAUCGAGGCAGUGUUCUGUUUUGGUUUACUUCCUCGUUCGUUUGUUUUGCUCCGAUUAUAUUGCACUUGUGUGUGACAAACCUUCCCUCCCUUCCCGUUUAUAUUUUAUAUAUACCGAGGCGUUCGUUCUUGACCUUCUUUUCUUUCCUCUGUGUGUGCGUGUGUGGGAUGGACAACCGCUAGCACUUAACUAGGAGAGUUUUCUACAACUUGUUGUUCUUCUGAUCUAUAGUUCCGUCCGAGAGGUCCUUUGCGAAUCGUUUAUAAGGGAAGUAGGUUCUUUUGUGGGUGUAUCGGUGUGCGUGCCUACAGGCGGGUGUGUGUGGGGCUGAGCGUGGCCUGUAUGUGUGCGGUAUAUUUUUAGGAAAGGACUUUUUGUUUUUCUUUUUCCUAAAAAAAGAAAAGAAAAAGAAGUCGAUCCAGGACUGCUUUCCUUUGUGACAACCAAAAAAAAGAAAGAAAAGAAAAAGAAAAUGUUAUAACCUGAAAAUCUUUCGUGUUCUUUGCUGUGAAUCUCUUAAAACAAGAAAAAGCGCAUUCUAGGGAUGAGAAAGAUAAAAGAAAAAAAAAACACAUCUGCUAUCCAAAGAUUUUAGUCUUUUUCAGGGUUUUUUUGUGUGUCUCUGUUGCUUUAUAUGAUGCAAUAUUUUGUAGUGAAAAUAGAUAAAUCUGGUUUCUAUCUGAUACGUUUUUCAUAUCUCUCAUGAAUGGUGACCUGUUUUGCAUAUAAAUAAAAGUAUCGAAUAAAUGCUGGUUAUUUCCUAA